GGACAGGAGGUCAAGGUACACGAACGACGUCAAGUGCAUGCUGUGCGGCGGCGCCCACCGUAUCGGUGCCGCAGCCUGUGGUGGACAACCUUCGAUCUAAAUGGACGUACUGCAGAUCAACGUCAAUCGCAGCAGGAGCGCGCAAGAUCUAGCGCUCAACACGAUGCGGAUGAGGCGGGCGGACGUCUGUCUAAUGGUGGAGCUGCACAGUGUCCCCAGGAACAACGGGAACUGGGUAGGCGACAGGGACGGGAAGGUGGCCAUCAUAGCCAGCAGCGAAUCGUAUCCGGUUCAGCAAGUGGUCUCCGUGACGCAGUCUGGUAUCGCGGCUGCCCGGAUCAAUGGCGCCCUGUUCAUAUGCAGCUACGUGUCGCCUUCAGCGGGCGUCCCUGAGUUCGUGGAGGUUAUGCAGCGCAUCGAUGUGAUAGCGAGAGGUCACUCGCGCGUCGUCAUUGCGGGGGACCUCAAUGCGUGGCACAGUGCUUGGGGGAGUGGCCGCACUAAUGCAAAGGGAGAGGCUGUGGUCCAGCUCGUCUACAGCUUGGGGCUGGAGGUGUUAAACACCGGCACCGCCCCAACCUUCCUGGGCAACGGAGUGGCUCGCCCGAGCGUGGUGGACGUUGCCUUUGCCAGUCGCAGCAUCGCCGGAGCUAACACCUUUCCAGAGCAUCGGUGGAGGAUCAUGAGCCGAUACUCGUACAGCGACCACGUGUACAUUCGGUUUGCUGUGGGGGAGUUUCUCCAGCGGCCAGCGGCAGAUCGUCGUCGACAGGAGGGUGCUUCUACACGAGAAAGCGGCACGAGAUGGCGUACCCGUCAGUUCGACGCCCGGCUUUUCGACGUGGCGCUCGAUGUAGCUUCGUUCGCAGAGCGGGUUACAAGCGCCGAAAGCUUGGAGAGGGUCCUGACGGAAGCCUGCGACGGAACCAUGGCGCGAGUGUUCCCUUCGCAAGGCCACUCGGGACGACCUGCUUAUUGGUGGACGCCAGCGAGCGAGGCCCUGUGUGAGGACUGCCGCCUCGCUAAGGACCGCUUUGAAGCCGCAAUCGAAGAGGAAGAGCAGAUCGCCGCAACCAGCGACCUCCUCCAGGUGCGGACCGCCCUGGAGACAGCCAUCACCAUCAGCAAGAAGAAGCACUUCGACGAAAUGCUGCAGAGCCUCGCGGACGACGAGACGGGACAUUGGUUCCGUAACGUGCUUAGCCGCCUCCGUGGAAGCUGGACAGCGACGGAGCGCGAUCCAUGGGUGCUAGAGGGCGUCGUUUCCACUCUGUCCCCCAGCAUCCUCCAGUUGACUGGCCAUCGUCGCCAAGCCAAGUCCUGGAGAGGGGGCAGGAGGAACCAGUUCGGGCCGUUUCUACGCAGGAGCUACUGGACAUCGCGAGCUCAUUGAACCCGCGGAAGGCUCCAGGACUGUAUGGUGUGCCGAACGCCGCUUUGACGGCCGCCAUUUGGAAGCAUCCGGAGGUCUUCAGGGAGUUGUUCCAGGAAUACUUGGACAACGAGCGGUUCUCGGGUGAGUAGAAGAAACAGAAACUGGCCCUUGUCCCCAAGCCGGGCAAGCCACCAGGGCUCGCUUCUUCUUUCCGCCCGAUUCUGUUGCUGAAUAACCCGGGCAAGGCGUACGAGCGGAUGCUGCUGACGCGGAAAUGAAAAAAUGAAAAUUUGCAUGUUAUUUUUACCAACCACUAGCAUGUUCGAAAUAAAUUCAAACAUGUCAUCAAGAGCUUUUAUUUGGUUUUCGCUGCCAGUGUAUGAUCUUUUAUAAUGCAAUUUGGCAUUGGGAUUGUGUGAAUUGGACACACUGAACCAUAAGUCGAUGAUUUCGAUCAUAUUAGCCAACUCUUUUUCAGUUGGCAGAUAUCGUUGUAAUGAUACAGCUGUCGUUUGAGGCAAAAGCUCUGCUGCUCGACGCACAUUUUGGCGUUCUUGAUUCGACAGCACCAAAUGUCCAAAAUUUAUCUUAAAUAGAGGCGUUAAUUCUGAAUCUAAUCUACCGUCAACUAAAUCGCGCAAAGGUUGAGCUGUGAUAUUUUUGUUAAGUAAAUGAAUGCGAAAGACACGUUCGAUUAUAGUUCACUAUAGUUCUUUAUUACACAGUUGCUGAAAGGAUACAGUUACAAAGUUCAAAACGCGGAGUUAUUGUAUAGGCGUGGGCAGCGAUGCCAAACUAAACGUUUGAUACACAGAUGUGUCGAACCGCAGGAGGAGUCAAACCUUAAACGUUGCUUAUUACCAACAAUUAUUACCUUUAUAAAGAAAUCCAUGGUCUACAAACCAAUUUCGCAAAAGUUUCAGUAAAUGUGGCGCGUCUGGAAACACAUAAAUAUUAGACUUUGUAAUAGGGUGCUCGAAGUAUGGCUUGUUAUAAUCUUGAGCCCCAAGCUCUUUCCAACAACUAAUAUUAGUGGAGCAGUUGGCACUCGCAAUUCCAACCACAUUUAUCUUCUUAUCGUGUAAUUUACAUAUUAAGAUAUUUAAAAUAUGUUUUGUCAUUUUCUGGUCGAAACCAAUAAAAAUGAGCUGCUUCCAAUUUUUAAAUAAGCCUCUAGCCAUAACUACCUGUAUGUAGUUAUGGGGCCCAAUAACCUCAUCUGUUGCGUGAUUAUAUUCCAUUGUAUAUUGAAUUUUCAUCUCAUCGAAACUUAAUAUACACUCAACAUCCCGAGCAUUUGAAGAGCUUGCAAAAUUUCCCAUAAAAACUAGAACAUCUUCCAAAAUACCUUCAUGCAAGUUUAUUUUUCUUGCAUAUUUUUGCAAAGUUGAUAUCGAUGGUAAAGGAUAAUUCAUAUCUUUCAUCAUAUACUCAUACGCUUUUUUUGAAAAGUAUCUCAGCGUAAGAGCGCUGCUUAUUUCUUCCUUAUUCCGCCUUACGCGUUUUUUUUUCUUCCAUUAUUAGGUCUAUUUGGUUGGAAAAAAUAGAACUUUUUAAGGCGUUUUUCAUCUUGGGAAUAAACUCGUUCGCUGGGAUGCAAGAUUAGGCUUAAUUUUAGGAGGCAAGAUUUUAAAAGGGUUAAUUCUUUUUCUAAGUUUUUAAUUUUUUGUUUUAGAUAAUAAUUUUCGGAAGCCACAUGAUUUAAAGAUUUUUUAAGUCUAUUAUUAGCCACUUGUAGCUUGUGGUGCUCAGAUAUGAUUGUUUGGUUGGUGAUGUUUGGUAUAUUUGAAGCAUUUCUUAUCAAUAAUGCUUCAGAGGAAAAAGCAACAGUGUUUUCCGAAUGAUCUAUUUCCUCAUUAUGUAAUGGUGUUUGUAAAACAGAUCGAAUUGUUGGAAUCGCUGAAAUUAAAAACAAGAUCAAAGAUGAAGGGUAUUUCUAACAAUUGUCGUUUGUUGAUUAGGAGAAAAUUUUAAAAACUUACCAUUUGGAAGAAGAAUUCUUCCAAUUACUUUUCCUCUUAUAAAUACAUUCUGUGGGAUUUGAAAAUCACUUUUUUGAAAGUGUGUUGAGCACACUACAUCUCUUUCCGAAGGUUUCCAAUUUUCCCCCCGAUUACAAAAUUGAACCCAUGCUCGUCGAGCAGGGUCAUGUUUUGGAAAAAUGUGGAAGGAAAUUUCCAAUGCAUGUCUUUUCACAUUGUGUCGAUUGUUACAACACAUUGAAACAGCACACGGAACAGGCAUGAUGAAAAGUAAAAAAAAGUUCUUGAAACACGUAUGAAAAGCAAAAAAUAACAACUUACUAAACUACCUAAAUAAACUAACUUACUACCGAACUUAUAAGCUAACUAACACGCUAAAUAAUCAAGAAAAACACUAUCCUUAAAAUAUCAUACGUAACUAAUUGCUUCAAAGAACUGUUGAUGUGGAUCUUAAACUAGAAUCUACACACCUAAGCAAGUUAUAGUUAUUAUCACUAGUUAAAAAAUAAAGAAUAAUAUUACUAAGUGAUAACGUAAUCAAACUAUAACCAAAAUUUAAACCAACGAAAACACACUUCCAAAUGAUUUCAACUCAAAGCCAACAGAAACGAAUUAAACACCAACCGAGCAUUUCACAAGACCAAUUGGUGAUUGGUGACCAAGAUUGUGAUUAUAAUCACAAUCCCUAGUUUUCACAUUACUUACCGGAGCAAAGAAUCACUUCACAAAACACGAUAACGCUUGCGCACACACCUCCGCCUCCAGCAAAGGCCAAACUCAUAUGAAUACGCCAAAGACAGGGCAAAAGCAAUUUUGCAGUGAAAGAAUGGAGACAGCUAAAAACAAUAUAGUGCCACACUCCUCGACAGGCUUCAAAGUGUGGAACCAAAAUUGUCUAACACUUCGAGUAUGGGACCGUUCAGGUGUGGGGUGGGUUGGUGACGCAGGUUGCGGUGAGGGUUUACAUAGAAUAUAGGAGCGUGUGUGAGUGAGGUAGGGUGGUGGAGUGAGAGUUUGUCGCACGAUCGCUCGAAAGUGAGGGUCAGGGGUAGCGAGAAUGAAGAAAUUUCCCCCCUCUCAUGCGAUUUCUGCCAAGUGGGUACUUUAUGUACUAUUUUAAAAGAAUAGUUGAAUCCUUUUAUAGCACGAGCUACAGUAGUAGUACAGACUGUUACAUCGUGAUGCUCUCGUAGCCUUGCCACCAACUGUUUAAGCGAUAAAGAGCAGUUGUCAAUCCACUCUCUGGUGCUGGCAAUCUGUUGUUCGUUUAAUUUUCGUGCGUUUGGUGGCGUUCUUUUUGUUGCCUCAAUUUCACUGGUUUGCUGGUACCUCUUGAUGAUACCGUAGACCGUAUUAUAGUUGUGAUGUGUUUGAGGAAAUUAAUGGUUGUAAAAAUGUCUUUUAAAAGAACUAUGCGGUUAAUAAAAAAACACUUCUGGAUCUGUAGCUAGGACACGCGUCUAAUCGCCUUUAUUUCCUACGUUGUGUGUGCUACAAUUUGACAAAUCAAAUUCAGUUCAGUGCCAUCGGCACAGUGUGUGAAAAGCGCAUAUUUUGGUCAUAAACAAAAACCAUAAACCGACUAAACCCAAUAAAAACUUUGUGUAACAGCAAGAACCAUGUAUCCCCGGAAAAGGCAAUGUAGGAUCAUCGUGCGAUAGUACGUGGAACAGUGGAAUCCCAGUCAUGCAAAAGCGAGUUCAUGCGGGCGAGUUUCUUUUGUUCUCAUGGUCCUUAACGAGUCCAUUCGGAAUCCACCGCGGAGUCCCGGAGGAAGACAUUUAGCGACCACACGCACACACUCAAACCGGGUUGGUAUAUAAAGCCCCGCGUAGCCACGCCCGCUUCAGUCGCCCGCGAGCGUUCGUAGCGUGUGGACCUACGCCGGAUUUUAGCAAAAAAAUGAAUGAAUUCCAGAAAAUAAAAACGCCAGGGGGGUUCCUCUAAUUUACUCUCUCGUGAGAGCGUGAGAGAAUCUUUUUUCCCCAUACAACUUCCUUGGAGCUUUUGCUGAAAUGAUAGAGAACAUUGGAUUAGAAAUUGGUGUAGAAGAAAGUCAUGCUUACAUUUGCGCCAUCCGACCAGCCGUUGAGGGGGUACGUUGUGUACCGUAUAUAAAUGAAGCUGAACGGGAAUGGAUUUCACUGCACGUAUGAUGCAAAAAAUAAUUCUUUCGUGCUUUUAGAUAUUUUUGGGGAAAAAUAUUGCAUAACAGGUUUGUUUCCUACCAUACGGCCGUUCCGAUAAAAAAUAUUAGACGCUGUUUGGACCUUUUUAACUACCCUCAAGGUGUGGCUUUAUGGAAAAUUUCUUUAAACACACAGUAAUACGAGGUAGCUGCUACACCUGCUAAUUUUUUCCCAUGAGCGUUCAGACAGACGACAGGUAACUAGCAAUGUUCGUUGUCGCUACGCGCCUAUGCAUGCGGAAGGUGUUACUGGUUCUUGUAGGCAGGUAAUGAACACAGGAUGCUAUGUAGGUGCGACUAGGGGAAACCGAAUACCUCUGACAAGAAUUGAGUCAUACCACAAACCAUUGCUUGGCCAAGAAAUGCUUACCGGCUAAACAUAGGUAAAGAAUAUGAAUGUAAAAGGAUGCGUCGAUUAGGUGUCGCACGAUGGGACUAGGGGCAGUGAACGAUCAAUUUAAAAGCUGUUUAAAAGCCCUAAAUUUUUCAAAACAGUUGUUCAUAAGUAGGUUAACACUGUCCUUUACACUUUUAUCCAAAUCGUAUGUUUGAAAGAAUUUAAAAAUUAAAUUUGUGACGCUGAAGCAAUCCCCGACAUAUUUAAUCAAAAUACCAUGGUUAAUCAGUUGUAAAAAAAUCUGCAAAAAUCUGCAAAAAAAUGAAUGAAUUCCAGAAAAUAAAAACGCCAGGGGGUUCCUCAAAUUCACUCUCUCGUGAGAGCGUGAGAGAAUCUUUUUUCCCCAUACAACUUCCUUGGAGCUUUUGCUGAAAUGAUAGAGAACAUUGGAUUAGAAAUUGGUGUAGAAGAAAGUCAUGCUUACAUUUGCGCCAUCCGACCAGUCGUUGAGGGGGUACGUUGUGUACCGUAUAUAAAUGAAGCUGAAUGGGAAUGGAUUUCACUGCACGUAUGAUGCAAAAAAUAAUUCUUUCGUGCUUUUAAAUAUUUUUGGGGAAAAAUAUUGCAUGACAGGUUUGUUUCCUACCAUACGGCCGUUCCGAUAAAAAAUAUUAGACGCUGUUUGGACCUUUUUAACUACCCUCAAGGUGUGGUUUAAUGGAAAAUUUCUUUAAACACACAGAAAUACGAGGUAGCUGCUACACGUGCUAAUUUUUUCCCAUGAGCAUUCAGACAGACGACAGGUAACUAGCAAUGUUCGUUGUCGCUACGCGCCUAUGCAUGCGGAAGGUGUUACUGGUUCUUGUAGGCAGGUAAUGAACACAGGAUGCUAUGUAGGUGCGACUAGGGGAAACCGAAUAUCUCUGACAAGAAUUGAGUCAUACCACAAACCAUUGCUUGGCCAAGAAAUGCUUACCGGCUAAACAUAGGUAAAGAAUAUGAAUGUAAAAGGAUGCGUCGAUUAGGUGUCGCACGAUGGGACUAGGGGCAGUGAACGAUCAAUUUAAAAGCUGUUUAAAAGCCCUAAAUUUUUCAAAACAGUUGUUCAUAAGUAGGUUAACACUGUCCUUUACACUUUUAUCCAAAUCGUAUGUUUGAAAGAAUUUAAAAAUUAAAUUUGUGACGCUGAAGCAAUCCCCGACAUAUUUAAUCAAAAUACCAUGGUUAAUCAGUUGUAAAAAAAUCUGCAAAAAUCUGCAAAAAAAUGAAUGAAUUCCAGAAAAUAAAAACGCCAGGGGGUUCCUCAAAUUCACUCUCUCGUGAGAGCGUGAGAGAAUCUUUUUUCCCCAUACAACUUCCUUGGAGCUUUUGCUGAAAUGAUAGAGAACAUUGGAUUAGAAAUUGGUGUAGAAGAAAGUCAUGCUUACAUUUGCGCCAUCCGACCAGUCGUUGAGGGGGUACGUUGUGUACCGUAUAUAAAUGAAGCUGAAUGGGAAUGGAUUUCACUGCACGUAUGAUGCAAAAAAUAAUUCUUUCGUGCUUUUAAAUAUUUUUGGGGAAAAAUAUUGCAUGACAGGUUUGUUUCCUACCAUACGGCCGUUCCGAUAAAAAAUAUUAGACGCUGUUUGGACCUUUUUAACUACCCUCAAGGUGUGGUUUAAUGGAAAAUUUCUUUAAACACACAGAAAUACGAGGUAGCUGCUACACGUGCUAAUUUUUUCCCAUGAGCAUUCAGACAGACGACAGGUAACUAGCAAUGUUCGUUGUCGCUACGCGCCUAUGCAUGCGGAAGGUGUUACUGGUUCUUGUAGGCAGGUAAUGAACACAGGAUGCUAUGUAGGUGCGACUAGGGGAAACCGAAUAUCUCUGACAAGAAUUGAGUCAUACCACAAACCAUUGCUUGGCCAAGAAAUGCUUACCGGCUAAACAUAGGUAAAGAAUAUGAAUGUAAAAGGAUGCGUCGAUUAGGUGUCGCACGAUGGGACUAGGGGCAGUGAACGAUCAAUUUAAAAGCUGUUUAAAAGCCCUAAAUUUUUCAAAACAGUUGUUCAUAAGUAGGUUAACACUGUCCUUUACACUUUUAUCCAAAUCGUAUGUUUGAAAGAAUUUAAAAAUUAAAUUUGUGACGCUGAAGCAAUCCCCGACAUAUUUAAUCAAAAUACCAUGGUUAAUCAGUUGUAAAAAAAUCUGCAAAAAUCUGCAAAAAAAUGAAUGAAUUCCAGAAAAUAAAAACGCCAGGGGGUUCCUCAAAUUCACUCUCUCGUGAGAGCGUGAGAGAAUCUUUUUUCCCCAUACAACUUCCUUGGAGCUUUUGCUGAAAUGAUAGAGAACAUUGGAUUAGAAAUUGGUGUAGAAGAAAGUCAUGCUUACAUUUGCGCCAUCCGACCAGUCGUUGAGGGGGUACGUUGUGUACCGUAUAUAAAUGAAGCUGAAUGGGAAUGGAUUUCACUGCACGUAUGAUGCAAAAAAUAAUUCUUUCGUGCUUUUAAAUAUUUUUGGGGAAAAAUAUUGCAUGACAGGUUUGUUUCCUACCAUACGGCCGUUCCGAUAAAAAAUAUUAGACGCUGUUUGGACCUUUUUAACUACCCUCAAGGUGUGGUUUUAUGGAAAAUUUCUUUAAACACACAGAAAUACGAGGUAGCUGCUACACGUGCUAUUUUUUCCCCAUGAGCGUUCAGACAGACGACAGGUAACUAGCACUGUUCGUUGUCGCUACGCGCCUAUACAUGCGGAAGGUGUUACUGGUUGUUGUAGCCAGGUAAUGAACACAGGAUGCUAUGUAGGUGCGACUAGGGGAAACCGAAUACCUCUGGUGAGAAUUGAGUCAUACCACAAAGCAUUGCUUGGCCAAGAAAUGCUUACCGGCUAAACAUAGGUAAAGAAUAUGAAUGUAAAAGGAUGCGUCGAUUAGGUGUCGCACGAUGGGACUACAGGCAGUGAACGAUCAAUUUAAAAGCUGUUUAAAAGCCCUAAAUUUUUCAAAACAGUUGUUCAUAAGUAGGUUAACACUGUCCUUUACACUUUUAUCUAAAUCGUAUGUUUGAAAGAAUUUAAAAAUUAAAUUUGUGACGCUAAAGCAAUCCCCGAUAUAUUUAAUCAAAAUAACAUGGUUAAUCAAUUGUAUAAAAAUCUAUAAAAAUCUUUGAAAGAUGCAAAAUGUUAUUCUUUACAACUUUGUAGAACAUCAUUUUUGUCUAGCUCUUCAACUUUUUUAGUUAUUCGCUAAAAACCAAAGCCGUUACGGACGGCCGCGAGGAAAUAGCUAAAGCAAGGCAUAGAAUUGUAGCGAAAAAUACCUCGUUUUUGUAAUUGAAAUAUAAUACUAUUUUAUUUAAAUAUCUCACGGGAAAAUCUUGCAACUAUUAGCCCAAAGUGUGGCCAACAUAUUGUAAUCGGUGGUUUGUAAAUAAAUAAUAAUUUUAAUACAAAUAAAUGAAGAAAACUGAACGCGCUUUUGCACGCUACGCUACGACCAUCGCGACCAAAACACCGUCCACUGCGAGCGGUCUUGCAGCUUUCCACAUUGACCCAUAAGGAUUCAUCAUUCACCCGUACGAUGCGGACGCGUUGCUUUCCACAUGGACUCAUUCACCGGCAUUAAACAUUCACCCGUAAGGAUCGUGCAAGCGCCCGUACACUGCGAGGGCUAGCGUUGCUUUCCACAUGGACGCUGUGAUGGAUUCCGACAGGAUUCCACAUGGACUCGAAAGCUUCCAUAUUCAUCCGCCAGGAUCGUGCAUGCGCCCGUACGCUGCGAGCAAUCCCGAUGCGUUCCACAUGGAUUCCACAUCGACCCGCGUCACGCCCCUAGGAUCGUGCAGGCGCUCGUACGCUGUAUACACGCAUGGUGUUUUUGAAUGUGUUAGUGCGUAUAGACGUCGAUCCCAACGCGCAUUCUCGCUUUAGCAGGAUGAUCGUUAGUGAGGUAGAGGGAGAAAGGGCUAAUUGGGAUCGACAGCGUACCGUGUAUAUGCGUAUGUGCACGUUUUUUAUCUCACUUCGCCUGUAGGUAAGAACAUAGCGGCAAUAGUAUUUAUUAGCAGGCGUGGUUGAAUUGCACAUUG